CCCGCACUCGCUCACGCUAGAUUCUUGGAUUCUCUUGUCCCCGUCUCUCUGCUUCCUCUCCUAAUCUGAUUCCCCUGUGUUUUCUUGGAAAAUCUUAAUUCCACUUGAAUUUUUCGUCCAUUCUCUCUCUCUCUCUCUCUCUCUUGGUGCUCAAGAAAUCUCCGUGCGAAGUUCUUGCAUUUGUACUUCACAGCUCUGUGAAGGCACGCAGGGCUUCAAUGGCGGGCGAAAAUGCACUUAAAUCCAGAGAAGUCUCAGCCAUGAUAAAGCAGGGUUUCAUACCAGAUCCAACUCUCUCUUUUUCGCCCUCCCGGGCUAUCUCUAUGGCGUAUUCCCCUUCGUCCUCACCCUCCAAGACCUUCUCUUCACCUCCACCCCCUUUCUCUGCAUCGCCUCAAUCCCAAACCCUGACUCAGAUUCAGACUCGUUCUGGUCAGAGCCAAACCCUCUACGAAAUGAUGUCAGAAGAGCAAAAUCGUGAAUCGAAGCUGCCCGACGAUAAGCGUCGAAAGCUGCAAGAUCGGGUGUCGAAGCUUCUGGAUGAAGCGCCGUUUCGAGACCCUAAUUGGGGAGGACCUGGUGAUGUGAGGCUUACGGUUGUUGCGAGAGACGGGUUUAAAGCUUCCAUGGACGUUCACAAGAGCGUGCUUACAGAGAAGAGCAGAUUCUUCGCCGAGAAGCUUCGGUGUGAUCGUGGAGUCUCGCACUCGGUGGAAAUCAGCGACUGUGAUGAUGUGGAGGUGUAUGUUGAAACUGUGGUAUUAAUGUACUUUGAGGAUUUGAAGAGGAGGUUGAUGGGUGAAGGGGUUUCUAAGGUUUUGAGUUUGCUCAAGGUAUCAGCAGCUAUCAUGUUUGACCUCGGUGUUAUGUCAUGCCUGGAGUAUUUAGAAGCUGUUCCUUGGUCCGAAGAUGAAGAGGCAGAAGUCAUAUCUCAGAUAGAUCAUCUUCAGCUUCAUGACCCUGGAACCGAAGUUCUCCUCAGAGUAUUAUCUGACCCAUCUACUUCUGUAAGAACCGAUGACAUAUUUGUGAGCCUGCUGAGUGGUGUUCUGCAGGCAAAAGAUGACAAAGCUCGUAGGGAAAUGAAAACCCUCAUAUCUCGUUUGCUUAAAGAAGCAUCGGACGAUAGCAGCAGACUAGAUGUAUCUAAAGACACGCUUUAUCAUCUUUGCCAUAGAUGCCUUAGUUCUCUUGUUCUGUGCUUAUCUGAAGCUACUAGCAUGGACGAGAAUCAAAAUCGGGGAGCUUUGAUGAGUGAAAUUACUCGUGAAGCAGACAAUAUUCAGUGGAUUGUUGAGAUUUUAAUUGGUAAAAAAAUGGGUGAUGAUUUUGUCAAAUUAUGGGCAGAUCAGAAAGAGCUCGCUAUGCUUCAUUCAAAAAUUCCAACCAUAUACCGCCAUGAGAUCAGUAGGAUCACAGCCCAACUGUGUAUUGCCAUUGGAAGGGGACAAGUGCUGGUGCCAAAAGAAACGAGAUUUUCCUUGUUGUCGACAUGGCUAGAUGCUCUUUAUGAAGACUUUGGAUGGAUAAGGAGAUCUUCCAGAGCUGUUGACAGGAAUCUGGUUGAGGACGGAUUAAGCCAAACUAUACUCACAUUGCCUUUACUUCAGCAGCAGGCUGUGUUACUUAAUUGGUUUGAUCGCUUUCUUAACAAAGGAGAUGACUGUCCUAAUAUUCAGAAGGCAUUUGAGAUUUGGUGGAGAAGGGCUUUCAUCAGACAGUAUUCAGCUGAGCAGGAUGAUUCCCAGUUGCAAAUAACUGUUUGUGAUUACCCUCCCUGAAAGGUAUGUUAAAGCUCUUAACUGAAUAUAAAAACAAAUUGAAUGAUUUUUGUACAUAACUGGUGACUCUUAUACACACUCCUGCUGACUGCUGUCUUCGGCUAUGAUCGAUUUGCUUUGGUAUUUUUUUUGCCCUGUGACGGAGGCAUAUAUUUAAGGGUAGACGAAUUGGGAAAUAUAGAGGAAACGGAAGGGGCAAAAAACGGAGGGGGCUUGCCAUUGACCUCUCUUGUUUAGUUGUUAUGAACAUCGCCAUGGACGACCCUCUUCCCUGUUUAACUUAUUGACCUCUAAGCUCUAUCGUUAAUUCGUUA